GUGUGUUUUUUUAUAUAUAUAACUAUUUAUUUCGGUUUAUUCUUUUUUUUUUUUUUUUUGAGGGGGGGAAGAGGAGUUUAAUAAUGAUAGGUAUAUUAAAUCCUUAAAAAAAAAAACUUUUUUUUAUUAUUCAUAGAAAGUUGUCAGUUUCUACAAAUAUACGUAUGUGCCUAUAAAUAAGUUUCAUACCUUAAAUUAAACUUAUUUUCCUUUUUGACCAUUAACUUAAAUUGUUUUUUGAAAUAACUUGAGCUAAUAGGAAAACCUCUGAUCUAAUUUUACUAAAUAAUCAUUCAGAUAACAUAGUUUACAACUUUUCAAAGAGCAUAAGUACGAAGAUGGGCGAGAAUAAUUUGUUCUUGAACUGCGGUAACACUGCUCCUUAGACUCUAGUUGGCGGGAAGAUGCGUUAAAGGAUCAAUAAAGGAACGGAGGUAGCGGAACUGUUACAAUUCACAAUAACGUUUGUUUUUAGUUUGCUAUUACAAUGGACUGUUACAAGAAAAAAAGAUUUAGUGCGGAGGAAAUAAAUUUCCUAACUUCACAAGUGUUAAAAAGAGCGAUAGUUCUAGAAAAUAAAGAAUCUGAUGCUCUUACAAACUCGAAAAAGAAAAGGGCUUGGAAAGAAAUUUUUACUGAAUUCAACUCUAUUGGAGAACACAGUUAUAGAACAUUACCUCAGCUAAAGAAGUGCUGGGACAAUAUAAAAUCAAAGCGUAAAAAAGCUCUAGUUGAACAAAGACGAAGGGUAGUUUUUGAAGAUCACAAAUACCUCCCAAAAGAAGAACAUGUCUUACCAGACCAAAUUCCACUGUUCACUAACAUUGAAAUACCCACGAGUGUGGACAGCAACAACACAGGGAACGAUUAUUCCUGCAUAUUGGACGAGAGCUCAGGAAAAAUGAAGAGGAAAACAAUUUGUGAGGACGCAUCGAUCGACCUUGAGCUGCAAGCUAAGUUAAAACGCCAGGCCAUGCUGUCCAAACAUGAAGAAGAUUUGCACAAAAUAAGGAAGGAGGAGCUCUAUAUUCGGAAGAAAAUUGCCCAAGAAGAUUUGAAGAGGUCACAAAUGGAAACUAUAUUCGCUCAAAAGAAAAUGGAAUUGGAAUUAGCUCUAUUAAAAAAGCAAAUGGAAUAAAUAAAAAAAUUGUUUUUCAUUAUUUAUAUUUUUACUACUAAAUACUGUUUGUAAAUAGUUGUUGUUGUUAUUUGUUUACAAUUAUCAAUUUCUCAAGUUCAAUAAAAUGUUUUUG